AUGCCCCGAAACCACAACCCAGGCCCCUCGACCCUCCGCAACCGCAACCGCGUCACAAACAAGACCCGCCUACGGAUCAUCAAGGAGAACAUCGAUGCCGACCCCCUCGCAUUCGACGAGGAUGAGGAGAAAGCCCGCGUUGUGUCUACCGCAGGUGUCGAUGCUGAGGAUGCCAACGAGCACCAUCUCCAAGCCGUCCUGUCUGCGGCAUCUCGGCACCAUGUCCAUCGACCGACUCGUGCGCAGGAUAAAAAGUCGCACACCGCGUACAUUCCCAUCCCCGACAGCACUGGUCUUGUCGACGACUAUGAUCAGCUGUAUCCGUCAAACCGAUGGAGGGACCCGUUCUCUUACAUCAAGACAUCCGAGUCGGUCGAGGAGGCGAUCGCGGACGGCCUCAAUGGCGGGUUCACGUAUUUCAUGGAUGAGCGGGACAAGGAGUGGUUAGACAAGAAUAAUGAGGAGGCCAGAGGAGAAGGUACCAGUGCCCAGGGUGCCCUUUCUGCGUCCGGCUCCAGCACUCGCUCUUCGCAACGAAGUGCCAAGGCGAAAGGAAAAGAACCGGAUGUGCCCCAGGCGAUUGGAAUGUCCGAGGAUGAGUUUGAGCUUGUUAUGGGUCUUUUUGAGAAAGUAACGCAUGAAAAGACCGAGUUCCUCCAUCAUGGUCUUGAGCAAGGCGCACCUUUUCCACCUUUCUCCGACUACCAGGACACGUUCGCGUCGGCUCUGAGUCCGGAUACGUUUUCGACCUUCUCUGUACCGUCAUGGAUCCCCCAGCCAGCGCAGAUGCUCCGUUUCGCGAAAGUUGUGUAUCCGUACUGGAAAGAGCGUCGUGUAGAGCGGGGUGGCCACAGGGUUAUACCGACACUCAACUACGACGAGUCCGACGUGAAGAAUGAGUCCUACAUUUGCUUUCGCCGACGCGACGUCAAGGCGAUGCGCAAGACACGUGCCUCCCAAGCGUCAUCGUCGGAGAAGCUUAUGCGGCUCCAAUCCGAAUUCCUUGUCUCCUAUGAGCUCGCAAAUAACGUCGUCAAUCGCGAGGUGCUCAAGAAAGAGGCAGCAUUGCAGUCUAGAGCAGUAUGGGAGAAACGCGAGAGCUUGGUCAAUCUCAAGCGGAAGUUUCCCAGCCUUGGGAUCAAGGAGGACGAGGAGCUCUUUUACGACAAAGAGAGGGUGCCGAAGAAACCGAAAUUGGCUGAAGCCUCAGGUCGUCUCAAGCUCAAGAGGGAUAAUGGCGAACUCGCGUCGGCGUCGCACGUCGAGGCGGUCAUCAGGCCAAAGGAUCGUUUGGCUCAGAUACAAAACGAGAUUGAACGGGAUCUACUUCGUUCACGAGAAAGGGAUCACCAUUGGGAAGAUGCCAUCGACAACGCGUACCAAGCACGGCCGGUCUCGUUUGCUCAGCGUCACUGGAAGUUCAUCCCACCUGACAUGUCUGCCCCGAGGCGGUCUAGAGAGGAUGACUCAGAAGACGAAGACCCUCCUCUGCCAAAGUAUCGAGCCAUUCGGAUUCGCCGUGGACGCGGGGGUGUCUUACGGGUGGAUCGACGUUAUCGUGUUCCAAUAUCAACGAACGAUGAUGAUGAGCUUUUCCGACUGCCCGGGCGUCCGCCGCCUGACUCUGAAGAAUCACUUGCUGAGGCUCAGGAAAUCUCAUGGCGAAUCCGCGACAGAUGGAGGUUCGAUGCCGAUGAUGAGCCACCAGUUGGGCCGGAAGGUUCAGACGAGCAGGAUCGGGAACUGAUUGAUGAUUUCGGUAUCGAGUCCCUCAAGCGAACGAUGACAUUAUACACCGCUGAGGAUCAUGCUCGGCUGGCAACUGAUCCCACCCUCUACGUUCCUCUACCCGAUGGUCGCGUCCAGGCAAUCGUUCCAUUUAAGCUGGGCAGCACACCAGUACCUCGCAACAGAGGUCAGGUUCCGCCUUCGAAGGCUAGCCAGAUGGUAGCCUUGCAAGCUCAGGCUCAGGCUCAGGCUCAGGCUCAGGCUCAGGCUCAGGCUCAGGCUCAGGCUCAGGCUCAGGCUCAUCAGGCGGGCGUUGCGCUUUCCAUGUCACAGAAUAGCGUGACGCCUAUCUCUAUGCAGGCGCAGAUGAAGAAGAUGCAACCGCCGAUGAACGUACCACAGGUGCGCCUGUCAUCGAAUGGUGGCAUGCGUCCUCCUACUACUCCAACUGUCGCUCCGUUUCCGUCCGAUAUCACCAAUUCGCAAGCUUCAUCUCCACACCCGACCACCCCUACUCAGCUUGCCAAUGGAUACAAUGGUGUGGCGCAUCAUACUUCUAAUAGCGCCGAUACGGAGAUGCGCCCGGCAUCUGCUGCGUCCAGUUCAGGUCAGGAAGCCGCUGCUGAACCUCCCACUCCCACUCUUCCCAAUCCUCCGAUGCAGCUCAAACCUCCCAAUCCUCAUCACGCUAUGAAUAUGCCCAAUGGUUAUUAUAUCAAUAACUAUAAUCCCUCAAUUUCCAAUACCGCCACCUAUAUGCACGCGAAUAUGCAGCACAGCCCGCUCAGUAUUCAGCAGAUGCAGACCCUUAAGUCUGCGUUCACAGGCCAGGACUUGCCAAUACAGGUCAACGGCAACCGACCGGCAGCGUACAUGGGUCACGUCGUGCCUAAUGGCGCGAACUACAACCUUCCACUUGGUGUCAAUGUUGGUCCCAACAUGAACAUGAAUAUAGGCAACAUCAACAUGGCCAACAUGGGCGUGAACCUGAAGUUACCGGCCUCGCGGCAGAUGCAGUGGGCGUCGACACCUCAGGUCCAGUCGCCGGACACGCCUGUAACGUCGCCAUCGUUGCAGCAGCAGCAAGCCGCGGUCGGAGGUUCUGGAAACGGGUACUAG